GAAUAAUGCUUAUAAUAAGAAGGGAACAGGAACAAGCUCUAUAGAUGAGAAAAAUAAAUUUCUUUAGCCCGCAGUAAUGGCAGAAACUAAAGAGAAUGAUACUAAAGUAAAAGCAACGGCGUCCAAGCAGUUACCUGCUGUACCAGAAUCUGUAUUGAAAAGAAGAAAACAUCGUGAAAAAGCUAAGGCAGCUCGCGUGCAAAUUGCGCUUAAGAAAGUAGCUAAUCGUUAUAAGAAAAGAAAAGAGAUCUUUAAAAGAGCUGAACAAUAUGUAAAAGAAUAUAGAGUUAAAGAAAGGGAUGAGAUUAGAUUGAUCAGGGAAGCUAAGAAGCAUGGAAAUUACUAUAUUCCUGGAGAAGCUAAGCUUGCAUUUGUUAUUCGUAUCCGAGGUGUAAAUCAGGUUGCACCUAAAGUACGCAAAGUUCUGCAGUUAUUUCGAUUGAAACAAAUUAAUAAUGGAGUUUUUAUUAAAUUGAAUAAGGCCACCAUUAAUAUGCUUCGUAUUAUUGAACCUUAUAUAACAUGGGGUUAUCCAAACCUAAAAUCUGUUAGAGAAUUAAUAUACAAAAGAGGUUUUGCAAAGGUUAACAGACAACGAAUUCCAAUCACAAGUAAUGCUAUUAUUGAGAAGGCCUUAGGUCGCAAGAAUAUUAUUUGUACUGAAGACUUAAUUCAUGAAAUUUUUACCGUUGGUAUGAAAUUUAAAUAUGCAAGUAAUUUCCUGUGGCCAUUUAAGUUAAAUACACCUACUGGAGGUUGGCGUAAAAAGACAAAUCACUACGUUGAAGGAGGAGAUUUUGGAAAUCGUGAAGAUAAAAUUAAUGAAUUAUUGAGGCGUAUGGUAUAAAAAUCAAAAUGUGCUUUAAUAAAAAUA